AUGAAUCAAAUUAAGGCUAUUGUGGCUCAUGAGCCAAUAACACCUCUCAAACAGAACUGGUCCUUGCAAGAUGUUGAUCUUAAAGAUCCCGGCGACGAUGAAGUUUUAGUUGAGAUGUAUGCUGUCGGUAUUUGCCACACAGAUAUUGUACUUGGAUCAGUGCCUACUGGCACAAUAGGAGUUCAAUAUCCAAAGGUUCUCGGACAUGAAGGUGCUGGAAUUGCUCGGCAGGUUGGAAAGAACGUACAAUCAAUCGAACCAGGAGAUCCAGUUCUUCUAUCCUUUAAUUCCUGUGCUUCAUGUUCCCAAUGUCUGGAAUCCCAUCCUGGGUAUUGUGACACGUUUGCAAAUCGCAAUUAUACUGGCGAACAGCAUUCUACUAAUUUGAGCUCAACUGAUGAGAAAGUAUGGACUGGGUUCUUCGGACAGUCAAGCUUUGCACAAUAUGGUAUUGUGCAUAAAACGAGCAUUGUCAAUGGAAAGGAUUUAAUCCAAGAUCUCAGUGAACUAAAACUUUUCGCUUCCCUGGGCUGCGGAUUCCAAACCGGCAUGGGUGCUAUUCAAAAUAUUACAGAAGCCAGUCCCGAUGAUACAGUAUUGAUCACAGGCUUAGGAGCAGUUGGGAUGGGAGCUAUCAUGACUGCCGUUAAUUCUCAAUGCAAGACCAUUAUUGCCAUUGACAGAGUGAAAUCCCGCCUAAAUCUGGCCAAGGAGCUUGGAGCGACUCACAUUAUUGACACAAGCGAGCCAACUUUCACCAGUUUAAUGGAGGCAGUUCAUGAGCUGAUCCCAACAGGUGUCACUAUUGCUAUUGACACGACUGGUGUUCCUGAAAUACUUGAGCAGAGUAUCAAGGCUACGCGAAAACGGGGUAAAAUAGUGAUGAUUGGCGUGCCUCCAUUUGGUUGGGAACUAAAGGUUCCAGCGACAGAACACUUGAAUUCUGGCCGUUCUCUUAUGGGAUGUAUCAUGGGAGACUGUGAUUCUCAGAAGGUCAGUAUGCUCCAAGUAGUUUUCUUAAUUGGUUAA